AUAUGAUUAAGGGAUAACCAAAGGUACACGUCUCAAAUUCGUCAUAAUCAAGCAGAACCUGCUGGUGGUGAUCUCUGAAAUUGCUCAGUGAGCACACCUAAUUAACCUGAUUUUUUGCUGAUAAUCAUUCACAAUGGAAUCAAAUCAAAAAUCCGGGGAUGGAUUGGCCACCACUCAGAAAGAAGCCGCACUGCGUGCAUUGAUUCAGCGCACAGGAUAUAGUUUGACACAGGAAAAUGGACAGAGAAGAUAUGGAGGUCCACCUCCUGGGUGGGACGGCCCACCGCCGGAACGAGGAUGUGAGAUCUUUGUUGGCAAACUUCCCCGAGACCUUUUUGAGGAUGAACUUAUACCAAUAUGUGAAAAGAUAGGAAAAGUCUACGAAAUGAGAAUGAUGAUGGACUUCAAUGGAAAUAAUAGGGGAUAUGCAUUUGUAACAUUCAUUAACAGACAGGAUGCCAGGAACGCAAUCAAACAGCUAAAUAAUUAUGAAAUUCGAAACGGGAGACUGCUGGGUGUCUGUGCCAGUGUAGACAAUUGCCGAUUAUUUGUUGGUGGUAUCCCAAAGACAAAGAAGAGAGAAGAAAUCCUAGUGGAGAUGAAAAAAGUAACAGAAGGUGUACUUGAUGUGAUCGUCUAUCCCAGCGCUGCAGACAAAUCUAAGAAUCGUGGAUUUGCCUUUGUAGAAUAUGAAAGUCAUCGAGCUGCAGCUAUGGCCAGACGAAAACUAUUACCAGGGCGCAUUCAGUUAUGGGGUCAUCCAAUUGCUGUGGACUGGGCAGAACCAGAAGUUGAAGUAGAUGAAGAUACAAUGUCAUCAGUUAAGAUUCUAUAUGUAAGAAAUCUUAUGCUCACAACAACAGAGGAGACAAUAGAGAAAGAGUUCAAUAACAUCAAACCAGGGGCUGUUGAGCGUAUAAAGAAAAUUAGAGAUUAUGCCUUUGUGCACUUUAACAAUCGUGUUGAUGCAGUUGAAGCAAUGAAUGCCCUAAAUGGCAAGAUCAUAGAUGGCUCUCCUAUAGAGGUUACUUUGGCUAAGCCAGUAGACAAGGAUAGUUAUGUAAGGUACACAAGAGGAACAGGAGGAAGAGGAGGGGCCGUACAACCAGAAUACACAUAUACAAUUGGCCAUGUCUAUGACCCAACCACAGCUUACCUUGGAGCACCUGUCUUCUACGCACCACCAGCCUACACUGCUGCCAUUCCGAGCAUCCACUUUCCUCCUACCAAAGGCUAUGUCAGCAAUCGCGGCCUCGUCCGACCUCCAUCUGUUAGAGAAAUUUACAUGAGUGUACCUGUAGGGGCUGCGGGAGUUAGAGGACUGGGAGGACGAGGAUAUCUGGCUUAUACUGGUCUGGGUCGUGGAUGUUUGGGAUACCAAAUGAAAAAUGACAAGAGAAUAGACGAGAAACUUUAUGACAUUUUACCAGGAAUGGAGCUCACACCAAUGAGCACGGUCACCUUAAAACCACAAGGCAUCAAACUUGCACCACAGGUGCUGGAAGAAAUUUGUCAAAAAAACAACUGGGGACAACCAGUUUACCAGCUGCACUCUGCAAUUGGACAGGACCAGAGGCAGCUAUUUCUGUAUAAGAUUACCAUUCCUGUUCUUGCUAACCAAAAUCCUGCAAUUUACCCAUUUACACCUCCAAAACUUUGCAUAUCAGUAGAUGAAGCCAAGAACUACGCAGCAGAGUUUACUCUUCAGACCUUAGGAAUCUCAGCAGAGGCAGCAGAGCCCCCAGCAGCCUUUGCAGGAUAUGCUAUUGCCACCUCACCAGCAGCAGUGGCCGCCACACAAAUGAAACAAGCAGUAGCAUUGGGGCAAGACCUUGCAGCAUAUGCAACAUAUGAAGCCUAUCCUGCAUUUGCAGUGGCAACUCGAGGAGAUGCUUACGGAACAUUUUAAGAGUUCACUAUACUCCAUAUGGAAACUUCCUGCAGGUGGUGGAUGUCACUGAGACCUGGGUUGUAGUCAAGUGGAUCUUUUAUAGACUGUAGUUUCACUGCAAGGAUUCAGACUUGUCUCAUUACAUGGCAAUUAAUGAUGUGAAGUCAGUAGCUUUAUAGAAAUAAGGCAGCAUUUACUGUAUAUCAUUAGUAAUAUUGUAGUUCAAUUGUAUGGCUUCUCGUUGUAAAGAAUAUUGUAUUUGUUUACACUUUUACACACUAUCCAGUAGACAAGGCCUUGUUGAUUAAUUGAAAAAACUUUAAAUGGGAAAUUUGUUUUUAUAUGUUUUCAUCCUUUCUUUGUUUCUCUCUGAACGUGGAUCUAUUUUAGACAGCUCAUGGUUAGUUGGAUAAAUGAUACUUCCAGCAGUCAAGAUGUAGGUCUGGAAAGGCAAAUACAUUAUAUUUGCUUAACUUAAAAUAAAAAAUUAUAUUUAGUCAGCUACUAAGGGUCUUCAUAUACCAGGAAUACACAGUUCUACCUUAUGGACCUUGUAAAAAGGAUUUUUUUAAACAAUAAUAUAAAUGUGAAUUUUACAAUAUACCCUACUCAUGUCUAUCCAAUUAAGAAAGGAAGAAAGCGCAGUCCAGAGCCAGAAACCAUAUACUAAAAUGAUUUCCUCCAUGUUGCAUGUGGUCAUUUUAAAAGUGAGGUUAAACCAUAAAAUUGAAUAAACGUAUAAAUUCAGUAGCACAAUCUGAAACAUAUUUACAAAUGGAAUCAUUUAAAAAAAACAACAUUGACGUGUUUUUUAAAAGGUAAAACACAUUAAUUGCCGUGUUUAUUAAAAGGUGAAACAAAUUCUUUAAUUUUAGACUAUUUCCCUAGAACAGGCAUUUCCAACCUCGCCCUCAAGGCACACUAACAAUGCAGGUUUUAGUGAUGUCCAGGCUUCAGCACAGAUGGUCAAAUCAAAAUACUGUAACUGAGGUACCAAUUAAGUCACCUGUGCUCAAGCAUGGAUAUCACUAAAACCUGAACUAUUAAUAUGUCUUGAGGACUGAGAUUGGGAAUGCCUGCCCUAGAAUAGUGACCCAGUUGUCCUGUAUCUCAUAUUACAAUGAUUCCCAACUCCAGUUCUCAAGUACCACCAACAGAUCAUGUUAUGUGAAUUACUUUAUUAAUGCACAGGUUGAGUUAGUAAUUAUCAUUUAGUAAUUAUCAGUAAUUAUCCCACCUGCUUGAACAGGCAGAAAUCCACAAACAUGACCUGCUGGCGAAAACUUCAGGGUUGAUGUUGACAACCACUGUAAUAUUGCAUAACAUAAAUAACAUUGGCAAAUCAAGGUUAUUACUUAAUGUCUGUAGAUUCUUUAUUAUCCAUACAUUGUUUAAUUUUAAAGUGUAUGUAUUAUAGGUUGUGUUUUUGUAUCCGCAAUAUCUUUAUUAAGUUGACAGUUUUUAAGUUUAAACAAUUGAGCAUUUGUUAAAGGAGGAUAAACGGUGAUAAGCACAGACUGUCCAAAAAACCAUAAAGACAUAAAGGGCAUGAUUCAGAUUUGCAUGUAAUGUAGUCUGCAUAUGGAUCUUGCGAUUCUUAGCAAGCUGUGCAUGUGUUUAGGCCUGCAUGCGCAAACUAGAGAAAUUAUGGGUGAUUCACAGUCGUACGAUCUUAGUUAUAUCUUCACUUGUGAAUUAGUGGAUGUAAUGGAGUCUUUGCAUACAGGAUAAGUGUGCCAUUGGCAUGGGUGACACUUGACAGUUGAGUUGUGGGCUGUUCAGAGGUUAUCACAAGCAGAGAACUGCCCAAUUUUAGUUGGGUCUCUGGCACCAAGGAUAGGACUGUUGCAAACGUGUGUUGUUGAUGAUGAUGAUGACCUUUCACCAGCAGCUGGGUGGGAGUGGGCACACGCAUGUGUACCACCAUCUCUGAACACAUGCAAAAAUCCGCAAUUGCUUGUGCUUUACAUGCAGCUCUGAAGCAGACCAAAGUGAACAUGCCACAUAUUGAUAAAUCUAAAUUACAUGCACAAAUUAAAUUGCUUGGUUUUUAUGUACUGUUUUAAAUAAAUUUUUAUAAGUUAUAUAUAGUUAUUUAUAUAUAACACUGUUUUCAUUUAUUUGUCCUGUUUCAAGAUUAAGGAAAUUUACUGAGUCAUUUAUAAGUACAUAAUCAACCAGAAAAGACACAGCCAAAGUCUAAAGUGAAAAAAAUAUUGAUUCAAUAUGUUGUAAUGUAAUGUUAACUUAAAAAAAAAAAGUACAUAAAAAUGUUAUUGGCUGGACUUUCGUCUUCCAAUUGCAAGGCUUGCGUGACCUUUGUAAGGUAGUCUACACGUGUUAAGCUAAUGUUAAUGCCGGUGAAAGAGCAAAGGCAGCAGUAUUAAAAAUAAAUGGACUUGAAACACUUAUUUGUGUAUAGAUAGUACUUCUGUUUGUAAAGAACUGUCACACUGUGAAUAAAAAGAUAAUUAUCUCAUUACUUGACAAUCAUCUAAUUCUUUAGUUACCAUCAAUAUAUAUCCUCUCAAAGGAAAUAUAUGAUCAUAAAAGCAUAUUUUUAAUAUAUUUUAGUAAAUUAAAUAAAUAAUAAUCUAAAUAAUAAUCAAGUCACUUAAUUUUUCUUUAUAGAAUUUUUUGCAGUUUUAUUAAACUGCAUGUCCUUGCUAAUCUGUUUAUAUAAUCUAGUGGUCAUGUUACGGUAGGUUGCUACUGCAGUUAUUUUUGACAAUAGACCAGGUUUACGUAAUCUCAUUGGACUCUGCAAGUGUUGGUGCAUUUUGGGGCAUGUAGUUUUUAAUAACAGGAAAACUACUGUCCAAAAUAGAGAGGGACUGAUUCUCACAUGGAAGUAAAGCAAACAAACAAAAACGUACAUAAGUAAAUAAAUGUAAAAUACAGUUACAUUUAUUUAUUUUAUUUUUUUGUAUGUAGGGUAAAUACGGGCUGCUUGUGUUUGUACUGUAUGAAUGUGUAAAAAAAACAGGGUUUUAGUGAUUUUUUUCUAGCACCAGUUUUUUUUACUGGGCUAUUCAAUUAGCCCCCAUUUUUUCAAUCUGAAAAAAUUUACAUUUUUGUCCGAAAACCAGUAAAAUCUGUGAAAAGUGUUUUCACGGCCACUAUCAGGGAAAUAAUCACUUAUUAUCAGGGAUUUAAUUUCACCUGCCUGAGACAGGCAAAACAAAAUCCCAAUCAGUGCUGGCUCCUGGGCUAAUUGCAGGGAGGUAAUCAGCUAAUUGGAUACUGCCCUAUGCAUAAUAAUUAUCUAUUAUUUCAAAAGUAACAAAAUUUGAUGCAGCAUUGUUCAUUGAGGGAAUCUUAGUACUAUACAAAUAAAUUAUGUAAAAUGACAUCAAAAAGAAGGUAAAGAUUAAAUAAAUGUAUCUAACCAAUUAAAUUGCAAUGUUAAAAUAUUUUAUAAAAUACUUUAAUGUUUUCAAGACAUUUCUCUCAUAAUUUUUUAAAAUAUAUUUAACAUUUUCAGUGUAGAGUAUAGUUCAAAUAUAUACUGUUCAUGGUGAUAUCUAGAUUAAGAAGACUAGACUUAGCUUUGUAAGUAAAAAUGUCUUGUAUAUUUAUUUAUUUAUCUAUCUAUCACCCACCUCAUUCCUAUGUCGAUAGUUGAAUGUUGUUGAAUACCUAGUGGUAAAGAGGCUGAUUUAAAAUAAAAAUACAAUUAUCUUGAAUCUGGAUAUUACCCCUGAGCAAUUGUGUCUAGGCUUGUGCCUAGUUUGGCUACAUAGUAAUUCCAGCAUUGAUAUCAUUAAUUAUUUUUCAUUUGUUGUGAUCAAGAUCAGUUUGAGUGCUGUAUAUGAUUUUUUUGCCAUUGAUAUGACCUGCUCACAUACAGCUACAGUUGCAAUAACACAAUCAGCUAUACAAAUAUUUUAUUCAAAAUACAGUAAUUGAAGAACAUCCUCUAACAAAUAUGCACCGCUGUAUAUUUUUGCAUAACAGAUUUACAAAGAUAAAUUCGAUCUAUGCUUUAUUUUACAUAAUAAUAAUAAUAAUAAUAAUAAUAAGGAUUCCAUCUCUAUUAAUAGUGUAUAUAGCAUAAAUGCUUCACACUGUAUGGUAAUAGUUUAGAUAGUAGCUUGUAAUGUAGGAUAAUAAGUAUAACAUUUUUACUAUUUGAAAGAUAUAAUAAAAUGAUUAUUUUUAAAAGUAUGUAUCUUGAUGAUAGCUUACAUAUAAAUUCUUGCCUACUAGCUGAAGUCAAAAGAUAUUUUGAGAGAUGUGUUGCUGAUACCUAUUGUGGGGUUGUGGUUUAGGGAAAUUAAUUUGCCUUUAAUUACUUUGGAACUUUGGGGUUUAAAAUAUAUCACUCACUAAAAGAGGUAAACAAAAUUGUCACCCAGUGUAAUAGGCAUGAUGCUUAUGUAAAUACUGUUUAGCCGUUUAAAUGAUUCUUGCAAUUGGUGGGCUAUUAAUUACUAAAUGGGUAAUAAACUUCUAUAUACUAUAACAAA